AUGGCUGCCGCCCGCAUCUCGAUAGCUACGCUCGCACACAGACAACACGAAUUCGAUACCGUAGAGUCGAAAGAAGUCUUAUGCGCCGCAGCGAAUAUUCACUGGAAAGGAGCGCCCACAUCCUUGCACGAUCCAGUAUUUGGUGCCCUAGGAUUAAUGGGGAGAAUGCGGGUGCUCCAAUACCUGGGAAUGUUCGACUUGGCGGAGCAGUUUCGUGCGGAGGAACAGGAUGGGGUAUCCGACGACGACGACGACGACAACGCUGACGCAAGGGAGCGAGUCAUCGAAUCUGAAGACGAAUCUAACGAAACCGGCGCAGGCGAUAGAGCCACAUUAGCCGAACCACAUGUGGUUUACGACGCAGAUGACGAGGAACAGGAGGUUGAAGUCGUAGAUAACAGAUUUCUCCCAGACGAAGAAGAACCUGAGUCCAAAGACAGCGACAGCGACAUUGCACACGAGAUUCCUACGGACCCAGCGAAUAUACCACUGCCAAAAUCGGACGACGACGACCUUCUUGAAGAGGCUGGCGACAAUAUCGACCCCGUCUCCGCUACGACGGAAAGCACCAAGUCAGAGUCAGAGUCAGACGAUACCGAUGCCGAUGCCGAGUCCGGCGAGUCCGACAGCGAUGAAAGCGAUUCCGGAGAUGAACUCUUUUGGUCUUCUCCAAUUAAUGGAACGCUCGAGCUGGAGGAAGAAGAUGCACUAGAACAGGAUGCGAGAGGAGCAGAUCAAGACCACGAAAGCCCCACUGAAAACGACCCGUCGGCGACGACAAAUCCUCGCAAGAGGGCUCGGACACCAAGCCCUGGAGACGAAGAAGAUGAACCUCCGUGCAAGAUGGCCCGGGUAGACGAAGAAGAACUUCUGAGUAGGUUCGAUGGAAACGUCUUGAAGCUGGCGAUCCACAAUGCGAUCCAGAGGAACAUGACUUCAAAGUUAGAAGCGAACUCGUAUUGGCACGACAUCUUGUUCGACUAA